AGCUGCCUCUGCAACAAAGCGGCUAGAAUUCUGCCCCAUGAGCUCCAGUUCGCGUCUUCAACUCGAACAAGGCGCGACAGCAACCUCAAAUCGGUCAAUUGUCGCCCACAUAUGAUACAUGGGGCAAGAUGGUGUCCAGAGACUUCGGAAUUCUCUACAAGGAGACGCGACUGAAUUUGGAGCCCGCGUCCCCUUCGUCAACCGUACACAUCCGGGUCGCACCCCAAGGCGCCUACGGACGAUCAGCCUCAAGCCGGAGCGGCACCUCGGCCGACGACGAAAAGGGUUACCGGUCCAGGAAUCUCGCGACAGCAUCCUCUAUAUACUACAGGAAACACCACUCCUCACCACGAGGGUUUCUGUGGCGCGUCUUGGAUAGCGGCACCGUUCUCAGCCUUCGCGUUGCCGAUGUCUGCAAACAAGAGAAUGCCGCCGAGGCGCCGCUAAUCCUGAACUUGAGAUUCCCGACUGCCCUUCGAACAUCUUGCAUUGGCUUCACUGAUCCCGAGGAAUACGAUGCGCUUUGCGUCUUUGCCGUCGACCAUUCUAACCAGCUAUGGUCGAUCACGUUGCGGCCAGACCACUUCCGGAAGAGGACGGCGAUCGAUGGUGGGCUCGGCGACGCUUGCAAGUCACACUCACCUCCUGGCUUCGGGUUCAAACAUCCGCACCGCUUGGCAGUGGUCAGCCCGAAUCAACUAAUCAUCACAAUGCACGAUGGCGGCAUUCUGAAGUUCGACAGGAACGAAAGUCAUGAGUCGAAUGGAGGGUCGUGGAAGGAAACCAUCUACAAUGUUGCGGGCUGGAGCCAGAGCCUCCGAGGAUUGGUCCCGUUCCAGCGGAAUCCGACCAUCAGAUACGACAAGGUCAAUAUGGAGUUGACGGCAGCCGCUUCGACAGCAGUCACGACCAUGGGCCAUUCCGACACGGCUUUCCUGUUCACCAUCUGCUUAGAUCACCGGAUGAGGGUCUGGGAUGUGCGGACAGGGCAGAUUUUAUACACUGGUGACAUCUUGAACACGAGCCGCGAUCCGCAGGAAGUCGGCAAAUGGACUGUUGACCCUUCCCAAGGUAACCUCAUCCGGAUAUUGGACAACAGCUGCGGCCAAUGCUCGGUGGUGACGUACUCCGGCGUUGGAGCUGGCGAGUUUAAAUUCUGGAAGGUGAAGGCGAACGAUCAGGGGUCGAUUCACGUUGCGGAUUGCUUUCCAGACGCUCACUUGGUGCCACCGAGCCCGACUUCACUCGAUGUGUGGAAUCUUGCUGAUUUCGCCGUGGCUCAACAACCCGACGGACCCGAGCUAUGGACGAUGUGGAAGAACAACACCAGCUACCGCGUGCACAGGUUACAAGUUCAGCCUCGGAACACCAAAGACCCAUUUGGCGACGGUUGGAAGGCGGUACACAUCGCAAACACGGUACCGCCCGUGCGGGCGUCAGGGCCCUGGAAUCCGACAGACUCGACCGAAAAGUGGCUCGACCUCAUCUUCUUCCCAGGCCGCUUCUCCAAGUCCACUCUCGAGACAGCCCUGGCAAUGUACGAGAAAGGCUUGGGUACCUACAAGGAGGCACCGUCAAAAGCUGGCCGGAGUAUCGCAGAAUCCAUCUGCUCGGUGCUCGGAUCCACCACGACGCUCGACAGGACUUCUGCAGGUGGUGCGGAUUACGACCAGUUCAGAAACACGAGCGAGACACAGUGGAUGCGCUUUUGGCGUCUCCUGCUUGAGCUCGACAAGCAAAGGGGUGAAGCGCUAUCCUUAGUCUUCGACCCUGUGGAGGGCAUGAUCUGGGUUGCCUGCGCUGACUUGAUUGCUGCUGUCAGGCAGUGCAGCGACCUGGACGGCCUGUACCACAAUCUUCUCUCUCCGGAGAAGAAUAACGAAGACGUCGCCGCCUUGAUAUCUGCGGGACUGACCUUUGUGGACAGUUUCUCGGACAGCAUGUACCAGCUGAGUAGAGCUGCCUUGAGAGCCGAGCUAUACGAAGAUUCGGCCAGGUCCGACAGCGAGCGCAUGCAACUGUUUUUGGAUCGCGCGGGAUUCUGGCCCUCAAUCACGGAUGAAGACUGCGCCCAGGUGAUCGACACUCUUGGCCAAAACUACCAGAUGGUGACUGCGAGGCUCUACGACGACCUGUUCGAUCUCAUCACAGCAACUAGCGAGGCCAAUUCGCAAGAGCUGCGGGAACCCUUUACUGGAUUCGGACGCAAGCUUGUUGUCCGCGCCGUCCAGGAGACGACCGAGCUUCACUGGCAGAUUCUCUUCAGCCAACUCAUUCUUCUCGUUCACAUGGAGUUUGACAUUGAGAGCGAGGAUGCCCCAUCCCUUCACUCGCGCUUCGAAGUCGGUUCAGUGUACCGGCGAUUGAUCGAUGCGCUUCGGAGGCUGGAACAUCUGAGGUGGAUGGCGAAGACUGAGCUGAGCUGUUCGUCAAAAUCCGGCGGAUCGGGCUCCUCUUCCCCCUCUUUGAUCAAGCGCAGCCAGGAUGAAAAUAACACCAAGACUGCUUUGGAAGGGCUGACCGGUCAUCUGUUCGGUCUCCCAGAGAGCAACAAUAUGCCCCUGCUUUCUAGCAUCACAGACCUGGUGCUAGACCUUUGUGCUCCCAGCAGCACUACUGUGCUCUACACCUGGCUCAUCCAGUGCUGGCUCCUUAAACAGGAUCGGCCCGACCUUGCGCUGGAGCUCCAUUCGUUCGCCGACCAAGAUCCCUUCUCAAUCUACAUUCAGGGCCGCGUCUUUUUUGCGCUCAGAGACCACGACACUGCGUCCUUCUACUUCAGGAGGGCGGCGAUUGGGUUGAGCAUCUCGAUUAAGCACCUAGACCGGCACAGCGCAGGGCUCCUCGACGACACGGAAUGGAACCUCCUUAACAGCGGGCUUCCAAACUACUAUGCCCACAUUGUCGGCCUGUACGACAGGCAAAAGGCCUACUCGUACGUCAUGGAGUUCUCCCGCCUCGCCCUCCAGUUCGUCCAGCAGGGCGACGGCGAGGUCGCGGGUAACAAGACGGAGAUGCUCAGCCGUCUGUUCACGGCCGCCGCCGCCACCUCGCACUUUGAAGAAGCCCACUCGGCGCUCCUCGCCAUGGACGACGAAGCCAUGCAAAAGUCGUACCUGCGUAAGCUCGUCGAGAAGAUGUGCGAGACGGGCCAGAGCUCUGAGCUCAUCCGGCUGCCCUUCUCGGGCCUCCAGACGAAAGUCGACGACAUACUCGUCGACAAGUGCCGGGCCACGAGGGACGUGCUCAACGGCGUGCCGUACCAUCAGAUCUUGUACGCCUGGCGCAUCAGCCACAACGACUACCGCGGCGCCGCGGCCAUCCUGCUCGAUCGCCUGCAGAAACUGCGGCGGGCGGGCGAAGGGGAUAGGCUCGGCGGCGGCGCCGGCAGCGCCGAGGACGCGUUAGACACGCAGGUCACGAGGCAGUACCUGCUCCUGAUCAAUGCGCUGAGCUGUGUCGCGCCGGAGGAGGCGUACAUACUCGAAGAUGUGAUCCCGGGCGAAGAAGACGGCCAGAGGCAAACUGUGGGGUAUGAUGAAGAUCAUGAUGAGGAUGAAUUGGAGAGCCAGCUUGACGAUCUUGCGAAGAAGCUCGAUGCUGAGGCUGCCAAGGAAGGCGGUGGGGAGGAAUUGGCGUCGGAGGAGGACGCGGCGCUCGCCGAGAAGAUCAAGAGGUUCUCGAUGCGGAACGGGCAGGAGCUGCCGCCGAGGCAAUUGCUUAUGCUGGCGGACCUCCGGAAGCAGUACCAGCAGGAGUUGGACAGGAUCGUGGCGAUCCAGAACAACCAGUUUGGAUUUACCGCCGAGGAUGAUUUGAUGGAUUUAGCGUGAGGGUAUCGGCCGAGGCGAGACGGGCCCGGUGGAUGAACGGGCUGGAGCAAAGGGUAGUAAGGUUUUGUAAUGAGUUUAAUGUAGGCGUUAGCGUCCUGGAAAAAGGAUACCUUUGUAUGAUGGAUAUGGCCUGGCGUGACGAACGGGAAUUGCUUGGUUGCUCGAAACGGGAAUCAUAG